GGAAAUGUUGAACUGCGAACGAAGAUGUGGAAAGGAGACAUUGUGAUUGGUUGUCGUUAUAAUGGUCGUCAAAAAAGGUUCACAGACACAAUCAAGCCGGUGUAUGUUUUGGGUUUCGGAAAAGACGAUAGAAAAAUAUGAACAGGAUCCAUUAGAUCGAGAAAAAAAACGAGUCGGAAUAAGUGCGAGAUAAGAGAGUACGCGGUACCUUGUUUUGUAAAGUGAAGUAAAAAAAGAGAAGAGGGAGGGGUGAGAAGGAAAAAAGAGACAGAGAACAGAAGUAUAGUGGGUGCAUCGAAUAAGCGGUGAUAUUUGUUGGGUACGGCGAGUUAUUAGUGAAGCAUUGAAUAGUUUAUUAUAUUUGCAUGAAGAAAUUAAAAAGAACUGAAUAAAUAAAAAAAAUUGAGUUACGAAAUAACACUGGAAGAACGAAAGCGUGGAAAAAACGCAUAACGAAGUUAAGCCUCAGGAUUGUGUUUGUUUUCGAUAGGGGGAUGGGUGCGGAAAAGCGUCGUUUUAGUCGAAACGUUCGUCCAACGAAAAGAGUAUAGUUGAAGCCAGUAGAUGGCGCAAAUGAGUGAAGAGAGAGCGAGAGAGCGCCGGGGCGCUUGAGCGAAAGAACGAGCGAGUGAGAGAGAGCGGGAGGGGGCAACAAACACGAGAAACGGCGGGGAAGUGGAGAAGAGUAAGGUUUUGCGGAUCACCGUGGAGACGAGAGGCGGUAGUAGACAGUGACCCCUCGGUCGGGAGGGGUAUCGCCGCACACAGAGCGACCUUGAAAACGUGUAUACGUAAUUUGAAGAAAAAUAAAUAAUAAUAAUAACAAUAACGAAAUAAAUAUUAUUAAGACAAAUAAAAAACAAAUAUAUAAAGAAAUAUUCGACAAUCCGUCAUAUAGACGCCAUUUUAUAUGCCCGGUGGUGCUUUUCCAUCGCGGUGAGAAAUAUAUACUACACAAAAACUAAGGAAAAAAAGAAACUAACGUAUACUAAACUGCAUCGCGUAUACUUCCGAGGUGUUUGAUCUAUUCCCAAUUUCGAAAACAAAAGGAGAGAUUAAAUCGAACGGCCUCGGUGUGUUUUUUUUAAAAAAUAAAGUCGAGAAUCGCGCUGAUAUCAAGCAAGAAAGCAAGACGGAACGUAAAGUGAGUGAGGCUGAGAAGAUUGGGUGGAGAGAAGCGUCAUUCUCGAAGUAUAUAUAUAUCUUGGUGCAUUAGUGCGCGAGGAAUUUCGGAGUAUAUCGAGAAGUGCUACGACGACCAGAAGAAAGUUGGCGACCCCUAACCUCAAAGAAAGAAAAAAACCACGACCAGAUAUUUAUACGAGUGGCUCAGUCGGGAACGUUGGUGGUUGUUCGACUCCUGAAAAAACACCAACAAAAAAUAUAUAUACGUAUAUGUAUAUAUUUGUAUCAGCGCAUAUAAAUAUAUGUAUAUGUGAGUCCACAUUUUCGCAAAGUAUGCUCUGUCGCGAAGGAAUUAACGGUAUAAAUACAAGGAUUUAAAGUGCGUUGGACUUGGUUAUGUGUUUUCGUGUCGAUGGAUUAUUUACACUGAGACACGUGCGAGGAUAGUAAUCCUUAGAAAAGAAGUUCGGUGAAAAGAUUGUUUUGAAAAUAUGGAACGCUGAAACCGAAUGAAAUAUCAAGUGUGAUUGAUUUUUUAAAAAUCAAGUGAUACGAAGGUAUAUUCGAAGAUUGAAACGAACGAUCGGACGAACAAAGAGGAUUAAUUUUUAACUGUGCGAGAAUCUCGGUGAAAUAGUUUAAACGGUUGAUGGAUGAUACUGGUAGGAUGCUGCAACACGGUGGUUCAAGCGUUAGUCUAAUGGGUGGACAGCAGGGUCAGGGAGCCCAGAAUACCGGCGGUUACGGUAGCAUGGGCCCCGCCGACGGUUCGGCGACCCAGGGUCCCGAUCAAAGCGUCGAAGCAAGAAAACAAGACAUCGGUGAAAUUCUACAGCAGAUUAUGAAUAUCACGGAUCAGAGCUUGGACGAAGCACAAGCGAGAAAACACACCCUCAAUUGCCACAGAAUGAAGGGGGCGCUGUUCUCCGUACUCUGCGAGAUAAAGGAAAAAACCGUGCUCUCGCUUCGCAACACCCAAGAAGAAGAGCCGCCCGACCCACAGCUGAUGAGAUUGGACAAUAUGUUGAUCGCCGAGGGUGUCGCGGGUCCCGAGAAAGGGGGUGGCGCUGGUGCAGCCGCAUCGGCAUCGGCUGCUUCGGCGGCCGGCCCUCCCGGUCAGCCCGACAACGCUAUCGAGCACUCCGACUAUCGGGCAAAACUCGCUCAAAUCAGGCAGAUUUACCAUCAAGAGCUUGAAAAAUACGAACAGGCCUGCAAUGAAUUCACCACCCACGUGAUGAACCUCCUGAGAGAACAGAGUCGCACGAGGCCCAUCACGCCCAAGGAAAUCGAAAGAAUGGUACAGAUCAUUCACAAAAAGUUUUCCAGCAUUCAGAUGCAACUGAAACAAUCCACCUGCGAAGCUGUCAUGAUCCUUAGAAGUCGAUUCCUCGAUGCAAGGCGCAAAAGACGAAACUUUAGCAAACAAGCCUCCGAGAUUUUGAACGAGUACUUCUAUUCACACCUAAGCAAUCCUUACCCCAGUGAAGAAGCGAAGGAAGAACUCGCACGAAAGUGUGGUAUCACGGUCAGCCAGGUUUCCAAUUGGUUCGGCAACAAGAGGAUACGUUACAAGAAAAAUAUAGGAAAAGCACAGGAAGAAGCAAAUUUGUACGCCGCUAAGAAGGCAGCUGCAGCUUUUGCAGGUGCGUCACCGUACAGUAUGGGCGGAGCCAGCCAAGGAACACCGACGCCGAUGAUGUCACCCGCGCCACCUGGUGGACCUCAAGAUAUGGCCGGUUACGGAAUGGGAAUAAACGGAAGUGAUUACGGCUCACAACCCUACAACGACGGCUCAAUGGGCUACGAUCCAAUGCACCAGGGCAAGGCAUUGGCUGGGGGGCCAGGAUGGAUGCAGCAACGCGAGGCUGUUCCCGAAUUUCCGCCGCUCCACGAUUCAGCCGAUUCCGAUUCCGACCGAGAAACUAACGAGAAAAGUUCGCGAAUCUAGAAAGAAAGUUGUUUCACAGUCGAUCCUAAUGUUACUCUGUGAAUGAAUGAGCCUCGAGAUACUCGUGCGAGCGUAUGAACAGCGAAAACGGAACACCCGAGUUGUGUGCGAGAGUUCAAAAGUAGGGAAACGAAAAAUGGGAAAGAGCGGGAGGGGGGAGGACAGAGAAAGAGUGAAAAGGAAGGAAGAGAAAGAGAAAAUGUUAUUUCGACGCACACACGGAUCGAGAAGAAAAAAAAACUUGGAAUAUCGAGCCGUUUAUUAUUGUGUAUGCUAUAGAGAAUGCUUUUAUCGAUUUGUCCAUUCGUUAUUGUCGAAUACUCAAAUUAUUUGGUGCCUUCAAUUGAAAAGAAUCAUUUUUUAAUAAUUAUUCCGAUCGAAGUAAUCCUGAAAACUUUUCAGAUAUCAAAACAUUAAGCGAAGCUCGAGCUUCACUUUUGCCUAUUGAUUCUCCAAAAAAAUGCAUCCAAAUUAUUUUUUUUAUUCGAGCUCUCCGUAUAGUUUAUGUUCCAAGAUUUUGACAUCUUCAAAAUCUUCACUUUCGUCCUUGAUUAUUCCUUCUUAUCUUCCUUUUUUUUCACUUACUCGGUCGCGUUCAUUGACGACGACGACGACGACGACGACCACCACCAUCUUAAUAUUAUCACGUUAUUCAAUUUUCAUUAAUCAGCGAUUCCCAACGACAAUACCUUUUUUUAUAUACGUUCCGUGACAAUCCAAUUUAUGUUGAAAAGUUGUAUGUGUAUACACGCACAUAAAGUCGUGUGUGUGUGUAUAUAUACACAGCAGACAUAUAUGUAUAUGCAUGCCUCGUAAUUUCCGGAAUGCCGCUUGCAUCCGGAUCACAAUACCAUCCUUAUCAUUUUCGUUGUCGAGCAGUCGACGAUAAGCACGAAAUUACAUUAAACUUCGUUCGCCCUCGUUUAUCUUUUUAUUGUUACUAUUUCUGUUUGUUUUUUCUCUCUUUCUUGUUUAAAUCUUCACUUCGCUAUUUUUCAUCAUCGAUCCAAGCUCCACUUAUCGUAUUCUCAAAUUUAUUUCUCAUUUGCGAAUAAUUUCGUCAGUUGUAACGUCGAGUUUACAUUUAAAUGUCUGUUAUUUCACACGUUGCCAAGUUUUUUCACGUUUUCAACCACGUUUUCGUUACGCAAGUGUAUGUGUACCCGUCGUGCGUGUGUAUAUCGAUGUUUGACCGCAUAAUGACAAAAUGUAUUUACACAUUUCCGUUGUACACUCUCGUAGAUCGAUCGAAAAAUCGAUUAAUUUCCAAUUUUCCAUUUUUUUCAAGGACAAGGAAAAAAAUUAAAAAAAAAAAAAAAAAAAACAAUUAAGAAGGAACAAUGUGCGACCGUUGGUAUUUUUUUCAGGAGCUGUCGCCUUGAAAUCGUUAGAAGAUACCGGAAAGCACAUACACGAAAUAAGAAAGAAAAAACGAAAAAACCAAGUAACAAUGAAAUAAGCAGAUUUUUUUUAUGAAAAGAAAAAACAAAGAGACAAGGAUACGAUGAAACAACUGAAUUACGGAUCCACGAAUAAAAUUGCAAACUUCUCACGCAAUAUCUAUCGAUCACCGUACAGUCUGUGAUCUGAAGGUUCGCUCCGAGCGUGGACGAGCUAUACGAACUAAGAUCGAUAUUAAAGUUAAUAAGUCGUACGUAUUUUGCACGAGACAAGGAGUGUCUCGUAAAGGGGAAAAAAAAAAAAACACCUGUGCAUAUGAAACAAAACGCGAUCGUAAGAAAGUCCUGAAUUAUCAGCAAAUCGUGUGAUCAACGAUCGGUAAUCGAAGAAGCAGAAAAUCAUUAUUUCCGUCGAAAAGCGAUGCCUCAAGCAGGAAACUCAAGAAAAUUGUGAGAAAUCAUUUUGCAAAGUUUCUUAUAUAUUCCAGUUAUGAAAAACAAAACGCAACAAAACAAAACCAAGUUUUUGAAACUAGUUUCUACGAAAUUGUGCUCUUCCUUACCGAUCGUAGGUCGAAAAACGAAUAUGGGACAAAAAUAUUUGAAAGCACUUUUCGAGACGUUCCCUGUGUCUAUACCGCCUUUGUCCCCCCAAUUUAAAAAAUUCCCUUUCCGAAAAGUCAAAGCGUAGGUGAAAGAAACCAUAGUUCGAGAAGAAGCAAAAGAAAAUAAACAGAAAAUUAUUCGAGAUGGCGAUUCGAGAGCGCGAAAAAAAAGAUUUAAAAAGAAAAGCAAAAACAUUUUAAAAACAGCGAAAGAGAGAAAGAAAUAUAAUAAGAAAGAGGGAAACGAAGCAAUGGUCCUGCGACACAACACUGAUGUAUACGAUUUUUCAACAUGAAAAUAUAUAUUGUAGCUAUACAUAUAGAAGGUAUAUAUAUAUACACCCAUAUAUAUAUAUAUAUAUUAUAUAUAUAUUUAAAGACUUUAGGCAGAUGUAAUGGCUAAAGACAUCACUAUAAACGGCGUUGCUAUUAUCAACUAUUGAUUAUAUUUACUAUUAUUGCCAUUAUUAUUAACGUGAUUAUUACAUUUUUACAAUUGUAUUAUUAUUGUAAUUGCUAGGCGUCGUGAUAUGGUGAAGAAAAGAGCAUAACGAAAUGAAAACUUGGGCCUAUUUUUUCAUAUCUUUUCAUUUUAUUUUAUGAAUAUUUCGUUUUUUUUUUGUCAAAUCAUUUGACUCGUUGAUUUUUCUUUUUUUCAAUUCUUCCUCUUCUCGAAAUCAUCCCACAAUUGUACGAUUUCGUUGCACGAGCGCGAACCCCGACAUCCGGGGAAACGUAACGAACGAUAAUCACGACGGAGAUGAUCAUUGUGACGAUAAAAUGAAGUUAGAAAUAAAGUAAAAUAAAAGGAUACACUCACAUACGAAACAGAGAGGUGGGGGGGGGGGGGGGGGGGAUGAAAAAAAACAACAAUUGCGCCGAUGGACGAACGACGAUACAUAACUAACUUGUAGGAGAAGGAUAACCAUUUUAUUGUAUAAAAUUCAAAAGAAAAAACGGAACGAAUGACGAAACUAAGGUAUGAAGAUUAUCCUACGAAGAGAUAAGGCGGUUAACACUGUUAAUAAUAUAAAAUAAUGAGAAAAAAAAACGAAGUUAAAAAAAGGAAAUUAAAAAAAAAAAAAAAACGUAAAAUAAAAAAAAACACGUCGCAGGUGGAAUUCUUGGCCAACGAUCGCACACGAGUCUGUGAGAUCGGGUAAAAAAAUGUGAAAUUGAAAAAUAGGAAGAACUUUACGAGUGUUGAUAAAAACUAGACUCGUCGAUGGUUUUCAUUGACCGAGUCGUCCACCCACGGCGACCAGUACAAGUGCAUUUGGCACAGCUAGUAUACGAAGACAAAGUGCGCCGGACGGAUAUUUCGCUGUAAGCGAUGUUCUCUCCUUGGUGCGUCCCUUAGGCACUAUCUAACGUUUAAAUAAAUGCUGGAUUAAAGAUGAAAAGAAAAAGAUGAAAUUAAAAAAGAAGAGACGGAAUGAUACGGACGGUGCUGAUCCUGUGAACGCGAUGCAAGUGAAGAAGAGAAAUAAGUUGCUGAACUCUGAACUUUUGGUGGAUAUGCUAUGAGUGUGUGUGCGUGUUUGAGGACGAAAGAAAAAAAGAAAUAUUCAUAUUUUCUUGUUCCCCAGAAUUCCUUCGAUAUCUCUUUCCUCCUGAAUCACCAAAAAAUAUUCCUCUCAUGGAGAUCCCCGAGAGAUACUUUUCACUUUCUUCGCAGAAUAGGAAAAAAAGCAAGCUCUUUCGACAAUUUCAUCUUUUUUCGUUAUCUUCGUUCCUCGAUUAUGAAUUUGUAAGCGGUGCCACGAUGUGAGAGCUCUUUUUCGUCCAACGUCGAAAUAAAAAAAAAAAAAAAAACGCUCUUUGCUCGAUGAAUUUUUGCACACGGGAAUUUUUUUCAUCAAUCGUUUCAACUUGUUUUCUUGUUUUUUUUUUUUUCGUUUCUUUUGUUUUGUACGGAACUCUCGUGUCUCGGAAUUGAAACUAGAUCAAAAGCGUUCUCGAUGUUGGAAGGAUCGAAAUUUAUGAAAAAAGAUAAUUAGGAAGAGAGGGCCCACGUCGCGAUCCGAGAUACGGAAGUAUACCACAGGAUAUCAUUGUAACGAUUGAAAACAUUAUGAUAAACUCAAUAAAAGGCUAUAAAAUUAA